AUGUCUGUCAUUUAUCUAUCUAUCUAUCUAUCUAUCUAUCUAUCUAUCUAUCUAUCUAUCUAUCCAGGUAAUCCUAUCCUAGUGUCGUUUUCAUUCUCUGAUAUUCAUCUACGGCGACGUCCAACAGGGAAAAGAAUGAUUUCUCACAGUUGGCGUCAAUCACAAACUUUCGUGACCUCUUUUCAUAAAUGUGGUAGCCAAUUAACAUCUUUGGUCCAUAUCCGUCCGGAACAUUCUUUCUUUCUUUCGUUCUUUCUUUCUUUCUUUUCUUUCACAUCUUUCUUUCUUUUUCUUUACAUCUUUCUUUCUUCUCUUUCUUCCUUUCUUUGUUUCUUUCUUUCUUAUUCUUUUUCGUUACAUCUUUCUUUCUUACCCUCCUCUUUCUUUCUUUUCCUUCACAUAUUUCUUUCUUCAUUCACGUCGUCCUUCACUUCUUCCUUUCUUCUCCUUCUCUUUCUUUCUUUCUUUCUUUCUUUCUUUCUUUCUUUUCCUUCACAUCUUUCUUUCUUAAUUUACUUCUUCCUUCACUGCUUUCUUUCUUUCUUUCUUUCUUUUCGUUUACAUAUUCCUUUCUUUACCUCCUCUUUCUCAAUCUCUCUUUCUUUCUUUCUUCUUUUCCUUCACAACAUUCUUUCUUCUUUACUUCUUCCUUUCUUCUCAUUUUCUUUCUUUCUUUCUUUCUUUCUUUCUUUUCGUUCACAUCUUUUUUUCUUCCUACAUUUCUUCCUUCACUUCUUCCUUUCUUCUCCUUCUCUCUCUUUCUUUUCCUUCACAUCUUUCUUUCUUACUUUACUUCUUCCUUCACAGCUUUUUCUUUCUUUCUUUCUUUUCCUUCACAUCUUUCUUUCUUCCUUCAUUUCUUCUUUUCUUCUCAUUUUCUUUCUUUCUUUCUUUGUUUCUUUCUUUUCCUUCACAUCUUUCUUUCCUCUUUCACUUCGUCCUUUAUUCUCCUUCUCUUUGUUUAUUUGUUUGUUUAUUUCUUUCUUUUCCUUCACAUCUUUCUUUCCUCUUUCACUUCUUCCUUUAUUCUCCUUCUCUUUGUUUAUUUGUUUGUUUCUUUCUUUUCCUUCACAUCUUUCAUCUCACUUUCACUUCUUCCUUUAUUCUCCUUCUCUUUGUUUAUUUGUUUCUUUCUUUCUUUUCCUUCACAUCUUUCAUCUCUCUUUCACUUCUUCCUUUAUUCUCCUUCUCUUUGUUUAUUUGUUUCUUUCUUUCUUUUCCUUCACAUCUUUCAUCUCUCUUUCACUUCUUCCUUUAUUCUCCUUCUCUUUGUUUUUUGUUUGUUUCAUUCUUUCUUUCUUUUGCUUCACAUCUUUCUUUCUUACUUUACUUCUUCCUUCACUGCUUUCUUUCUUUUUUUCUUAG